UCUUUUACAUAUAUACUAGAUGAGUGGUUGUGUGGUCCAUGUUGAAAACAGGAUUUUUGGAGCUCCUUGCACCCACAAGUGCUGAUAUAAACUUAUUCUUAGGUAUUAAAAUUAGAGCAAUAAAAGCCAGAGGUCAUUAGCAUUGCCUUUGGUGAUUUCUUGUUAUUGUGAACAAGGCAUUAACCAAAAUAAUUGUUGGCCCAUGCACAUUUGCAAGGAAGUUUGAAUGGCAAGAGACCAGAAUGAGGGCUUGGAAGGAGAGGAUCCUCUCCCUGACAAGGCAGCUGCAAAGGAGUUCUAUGCCAGAUAUGAGCCCAAAGAAGUCUUAGGCAAGGGUGUUAGCUCCACUGUGAGGAAGUGCAUUGAGAAGGAAAGUGGGAAGGAAUUUGCAGCAAAGAUCAUUGACUUGACUGGAGCUGAUGCCAGGGAAUCAGAAACACUUCGUGAAGCUACUCUCAGGGAAAUCGAGAUCCUCCGCAUUGUUGCUGGACACCCCUACAUCAUUGAGCUCCAUGAUGUGUUUGAGUCAGACACAUUCAUCUUCCUUGUAUUUGAACUCUGCAAGAAUGGAGAGCUAUUUGAUUAUCUCACUUCUGUGGUUACCCUCUCAGAGAAGAAGACCAAAUACAUAAUGAGGCAGCUGCUAGAUGCAUUGGAAUAUGUGCACAGCAAACAUAUUGUCCACCGUGAUGUGAAACCAGAGAAUGUUCUACUUGAUGACAACUUCAAUGUCAAGCUAACUGACUUUGGAUUUGCUCGAGUUCUCCAGCCUGGGGAGAGGUUAUAUGAGUUGUGUGGCACGCCAGGCUAUCUGGCACCAGAGUUAUUGAAAUGCAAUAUCUCAGAGAGCUCCCUCGGCUACGGGAUGGAAGUGGACAUUUGGGCUUGUGGUGUCAUCAUGUAUACUCUUCUGGUUGGGUGCCCACCAUUUUGGCACCGGAAGCAAAUGAUCAUGCUGAGAAACAUAAUGGAGGGAAAAUACAGCUUCACUUCCCCUGAAUGGGAUGACAUCACUGACUCACCCAAAGACCUCAUUCACCGCAUCCUUGUCACGGACCCAGAACGACGCAUCACGGUUCGAGAGGCACUCCAUCACCCUUUCUUCCAGAUCAUGCACUACCAAGGGAAGAAGUUUGAUGCUCGGCGAAUGUUCCAUUUUGGGAUUCUGUGUGUGCGAUCCAUGGUGCGAUUGAAGCGACUGCGCUACACACCAGAGCCAAUUUCAAUUUCAAUGGCCCGCAAUGAUCCAUACAAGCUACGCACAAUCCGAAAGGUGACAGAUGCGAUAGCAUUCCGUGUGUAUGGACAUUGGGUGAAGCGUGGAGAUACCCAGAACCGUGCUGCCCUCUUCGAGAACCACGCCAAGACUGAGAUGAAGCACUUCAUCAUUCCCACUCCUGCAACAUGACGUCGUCGCUUCCCAGUCGCUUAAUUGUUUAGUAGAGAAUGCAAAAUAACUUGUUACUCUGGUCUCUGUUUCUUCCUAUGCUUUCCAUCUUGUGGUCGGCCGAUCUCCCUGCGCUCUGGUCAAUGUUCCCCCGUCCAAGUCUCCUGUUAUUUAUCGUGGAUGUUCUGUUCUCCUCAAAAUCCUGUCUGAGGACCGAUCCAAGAAAAGAGGCAUGCAACACUCGUAUUGAUUUAUCUCAUCCCAAACUUUUAUCCUUCUUUUUUUUCCACUGGAGGUGUGCUUGAUAUUCUUUUAUGCACAAUGCUGGUAUGCCUUAGUGAUAUUUGUACAUGGUCCGGUGCAAUCAUGAUCAAUGAGCUGAAUGUUGCUCACAAGAAGUUUUCUACCCUAUCUUUUCUGCCCUCAUUGUGAAAAGAAUGCUCUGUGAGAAGUCUGACUGGUGGAAUCCCAGAACUUCAUUUUCAACACCCACAAGCAAAUGCUAUCAGUUGGUUGUUUUCUCUUGCACCUGUGGAUAAAACUUCCAAGAAUCUCUAAAGUAUUGCCAAUGCUCUAGUCAUCCUCUGGCACUUCUGAGUUUGUGGGUCGUCUCACAUUCACGAGAGGCUCUUGGUCCCCUCGGUUCGGCCUUGCAUCUGUAGAAUUGUUUUUGUCCAUUUCAGGCUAUUAAUGUUCUUUUGCUGUUUAAGCAAGAUACAAUAAUAAAAGUGGCCUUGUUGAUCUUGCAAAUA